AUGGACGGAUUACCUUGUUACGUCUGUCAUACAAGUAAUCCAUCGCCAGCCAAGCUUUGUGAAUGGUGCAAAGCUGUCCUCCCAGCUCAUGAAACCAUCGAACGCAUCAUCAUUCAACGUGGAGGAGCCCAGAGAGUCGCAAAUGUAACGCAUGAAGGGCGUGUGCCGUUGUGGAUGCAUGAAUCAAGAUCCAAUCAGGAUCAAAAUGGGAAUGAGCAGGAUAAAUGGCCCAUGUGUAUGGUGGUUCAGAUUGAGGUUUUUGGUAUGAAAUGUUUGGUCGUGAUUAGUGAGGAUCCUACGCAGGGUGUGAAACUCUCUGCCAUACGCGAUCUUACAUAUCCAGAGCUCAAGGAAAAGGUGGAGACUGUUCAGUUGGCCUAUUAG